CUCCUAGUAGCCGCCCGAGCUGUGCUCAUGUGCCUUGCCGUUAGCUGAGCUCUCCUACUGCUACUGACCUGGGACGAGCACAACAGCAGAGCACAUGCGUGCAGAUUUAGUUAGAACAGGAAGUUUCGUCACAAAGAAUGGUUCAGGUUCAGCUUAAUGUACACUGAAACUUUGCACUUUUGUUGUACAGGGAGUUGGAGUAUCAGGGAUAGGAUAUGUGCAUCGAGCAGAUUUUAGAUUUCUGGUUCACAUGGGUACACAUUGGGUACAUCUUGACAAUAUUUUUUCUGGAAUAGUUUCUUUUGAGCAUGGCAAAUUGUGUAGAACAUGAUAUUUAGUACAAUAUGGCAAAUUGGCAACUAGUGUGUAGUGUUUAGCACUGUUUAGUGUUGUUUGUCCUCCUGCGAGAAUUAUAUUCAGUAAUUUGCCAUGGCAUUUGUCCUCCUGUAUUUAGUCUGUAGUGCAAAUUUUGUAAACUUGCCAUGUGAUCAGUACAUACAAACUCUAGCUUUGAAAUGAAUCAUGAAUCGGAUUUUCUCUAGAUUUUGCCAUGAAUCAAAAGUAUAUAUUGUUGAACACUGCUUUGCCAUGGCAAAAAGGAUUUUAUAGCUUUUGGCAUGCCUCUAAUAUAGCUUUUUCCAUGUCACCACUAUAACUUUUGGCAUGACAUACACAUAUUUUUUUACCAUGGCAAAUUUGCUAAUCUAUUUGCCAUGCCUCUAAUAUAGUUUUCGCCAUGUCACCACUACAACUUUGGCCAUGUUCACAUGGAGUAGUAAAAAAACAAAUUUGAGUUGAUUGUAGAAAUAUGUGUUUGUUUCCCUUUUUUUGACUUUGUAGGAUUGAUGAUGACCACAUUAAGCAUUGCAACUUUUAAGAGAUUUGAUUUUGCUUUUGUACUUACUACUGCAAAUCCACCCAGGUAAUUUUGCCAUGUCAAUUAACAUGCAGUAUGUUUGUGCCAUGGCAAACAUUUUACAUCAUGGCAAAUUUGCAUUCUUUUAAACAGAAAGAGUUACUUUCCCACCACCUAAUUUAGGUGUACGCGCCAAUAUUUUUUAACCUCCCGCUAAAAGGUCCCAAAUUAGCGUCUUUGUUCCCACCAAAAAAUUAGCUUCCCGCUAAAUACCUUCCUAACAACCCACGAAUAUAUAAUUCUAGACCAAACGAUGGCGUCUUCAUGGGCGAUUGGAUCUGAGCUCUCGUCUCGGUUCAUCUGUGCUGCCGGCGUCAUGACGGCGUCAACAGAACGAACCACAUCAGGUGCACGGCGUCAGGGCACAAUGAUGAAUUUUACGGAGGAUGCUCCGGUAAAGAAAGGCUCUGUUCUCUUAACAAGGAUGGAAAGUAUAACGGCAUACAAAAACCAACGUGGACAACCCAAAUCUGGAACUCCAGAACAAUCUAACAUUCCAGUAUCUGCUAAUGACAUGUGUUCCCUUGCUGAAUGGCCAUCCCAUGCUCGCCGCAACCGUGCGCUACUACAGGAUGAAGCUGGUGGACAGAAGAAGAAAGGGCGAGGUGUUCUAAAAGGUUUUAAAGCAUCUAAGAAGCGUUUUGCCAAUGGAUCUGCAAAGCUAAAUAUUACAUUCUCUGAAAAAUUGGGUGGUACAGUAGGAAUGAACUAUCGUUCGUUCAAGGAUGACGUGGUAGUCAUAAUGAAAAGAAAGUUACCACUCAUUGGAGUGAGGACGUGGUCGGACAUUCACCCUGCCUAG